AUGGAAACUAAAGUACAUUUAUUCUGCCAGGCAGAAGAAAAUACCACUUUAUCAGAUGAUGGCUGUAAUUCUUUUGCAACUGACCUAUCAAGACUUAUUGACAGCAAGAAAUACAUCAAACAUUCUAAAACGACAGAUAAGAGAAUUUCACCUAAAAUUAGGGGUUCAAGCCCAGAACACAAGAAAAUGUGUGAAACGUCGAUAUUUCUAUUUGGAAAAGAGAAAUCCUCUGAUUUUUCGGGAGGAAAAAAAGUCAGGAGAAAGAAAACUUUACAAGUACAAUUGCAUACUGAAAGAACUGAGAUUGCCUGUUCCUCUGUGAUGCCGUCAAAGAAGAUGAUUAGGAAAGAAAAGUCUUUAUACAAGUUGCCGAAUCAAUACAACAUUCACAAGACUUUAUCACCCCUUUCUACAUCUUCUUCAAUUGUUAGGAAAAAAGAAAUGCUUCCUAACUUCAACCAGACACUAUAUGAUGAGGUACCACAAGGAUAUGUGUACUCAGAAGAAUUAAGUGCACUUCAAAAAGCCUGUACAAUUUUUAGUAAAAUUCGAAGUGGUAAGAUUUACCUGAAUGAUCUUCCAAUGAUCCAUCGUAUAUUGAAGAUUUCCAUAAAUGAUUCAGAAAUGAGAAAGGCACUAAAGACUAUUGAUAUUGAUGCAUUCCAGAAUGCCUUAAAGAUUUUCUGUGGUAUAAAAGGUGGUCGAGUUGCAAUUGAUGAAGUGGCUGCUGUUUUGGAUAGCAUGGAUAUUCCUGUAAUCCCUGAAACUUUUCAGGAAGUAAUGAAACAUGCUAGUAUUGACAGUAACCACCAGGUGGAUAUCAGGGAUAUUAUAUUUACUUUGGAUGAACUACAGCGACAGUAUGAAGAUGUUUCAAUUAUGGAAUGGUCAGCCUUGGAUGAAGCUACUUCAAACAGAAAGUUAUCAAAUGUGUCAGGAGGUUGUCUACCAUGUAGGAAGAAAAGCGUUUUAUCUUCCAGACUGCCUAAACUGUCAUUAUCCCCAAAGUUAAAUAGAAAAAAACUUCAAUAUCAUAAAAUUAUGGAGGAUAAUGAUGACCUGGAAUUUAAAAGACCAAAAAAUAAUUUGCACAUAAGAAAAUUCGUGGAUGGGAUUGAUAGCAAUAAUGUAGGAUUCCAGGAAUCAUAUUCAAAAGAUAGCAUAAACUUUAAGAGAAGUUCAGAGAAGGUUGAAAUUUAUGAUUCAAAGUCUGAACCACAAAACUUGAAGAGUAUUACAAGCCUCAAAAAGUCUCUGGAUAUAAGCGAUGUUUUUAGCAUCCCAAAACUUCAGAAGCCAGCUGUGAGAAGGCAGUCCAGCCUCCUAAAUCAAGUUUCAUCUAAGGAAAAAGCUACAAUUAAUGCUCUGGAAAAUGUCUGUGAAGCUAUCAGUAAACCCCAAGGAAAUUACAUUGCUGCAGAAGAACUUCAGUCCAUUUUGCCUUCAAUAGGAAUUUCUUUAUCAGAUAAGGAAUUCAAGAAGAUUGUGACAGACACCAGUAGAAAUGAAAAUGGAAUGGUGAAGUUAGAUGACUUUAUGCGUGCUGUCUUCAAGGAGCAAAGUCUUCCUGAAUAUGAUGCAUUGAAUAAGACCAUUAAGACAUUGAACUGCAUGAAAGAAAGUAAUCAGUCUGAUAAGGACAAAUAUUCAGAUAUACUUGAAAACACUGAUUUUAGGAAAGAGGCUUUGUCUUUGAAUUUGAAAUUACCAAAGGCAGAUGAGAUUAAAGAAGCUGCUCAUAUCUUGUCACAUGUCGAUAAUGACAAUAUUAGUAUACCUAACCUGGAGCGUGCCCUUAAAAGUUUAAAUGUUAAUUUAAUUGAGGAGGACUUCAGUGAAGCACUUAAAUGUUGUGACAUCAAUGAUAAUAAGGAGGUGGAUUUAAAAGAUUUCUUAAGGGAAAUUAAAGAAAGUCCACAUUUCAAAGAGUCAAUAGCUACACAGCUAUUCUUAGAUACUUCCCAAAUUAUCCAGAAUGAUCUAAUUGAUCAUUCUGACCUCAAGGCAUUGUUGAUGAACAAUGACCUUAAUAAUGCUUUACUUAAUAAAGUGUUAAGACAUGUACCUGAACAUGAUUAG